CGCCUAUAUAAGCGAUCCCCUCCGCUAGGGUUUCUCCUCGGUAGCAGACGGUUCGCUUCAGGUAAGGAAAGGGUUGGUCCUCAUGGCGCCGCCGCAGCCGAAGUCCGGCCUCUUCGUGGGCAUCAACAAGGGCCAUGUCGUCACCAAGCGCGAGCUGCCGCCGCGCCCGUCCCACCGCAAGGGGAAAGCAACAAAGAGGGUGACCAUGGUCAGGGGCCUGAUCAGAGAGGUUGCUGGGUUUGCUCCUUAUGAGAAGCGUAUCACUGAGCUUCUGAAGGUUGGUAAGGACAAGCGUGCUCUGAAGGUUGCCAAGAGAAAGCUCGGAACCCACAAGAGGGCAAAGAAGAAGAGAGAGGAGAUGGCGAAUGUCCUCAGGAAGAUGAGGUCGGCUGGUACUCACACUGAUAAGAAGAAAUAGAUCAUCUCAAGUUUGUGAAGCUGGCGGCGACAUUCUCCUGUGUCUGUUUUUCAUAUCUGUAGAACCUAAUAGACUUGUCAAAGUGCUUGUCAGCUAAGCAUUGUGUUGUUAGUUAUGUGCCGAACCACCCCAUGAGUUUUUGAUCCAACUUUGAAUGCAUCUAUCUAUGGUUUGUCUAUCCCUA